CGGCUCAUUGACACACCGUCGCCAACAAAAGUCCCGUUUCCAUCCUAACCACACCGCACGCCUGGCCUCCCCCACUAUCUUCUUUUAUCUUGGUGCCGUGCCACAGCCCAGAAGGAGAGCGGCAGCGGAGAGCUCUCGCCUCUGCACUAGCCGCCGCACCGCAACAUUAUGGCGAGAGCUCACCUAGCCCUGGUCAGCUUCGUAGCUGCCCUCGCCGCCGCCUCAAUUAUUGGUGCGGCGUCCAAGUCGUUCACCGUCACCAACAACUGCGAGCACACGGUGUGGCCGGGAAUCCUCUCCAGCGCUGGCUCGGCGGCGAUGGACACCACGGGCUUCGCGCUGGCGCCGGGGGAAUCGCGCGCCAUGAGCGUGCCGUCGGGGUGGUCGGGCCGCCUGUGGGGCCGCACGCUCUGCUCCACCUCCACCUCCGCCGACGGCACGGGCAGGUUCGCCUGCGUGACGGGCGACUGCGGCUCGGGGAGGCAGGACUGCGCCGGCGGCGGGGCGGCCCCGCCGGCCACGCUGGCCGAGUUCACCAUGGACGGCAGCGGGGGCAUGGACUUCUACGACGUGAGCCUGGUGGACGGGUACAACCUGCCGAUGCUGGUGGCGCCGCAGGGCUCCGCCGCCGCCGCGGGCGGCAGCUGCGUGCCCACCGGGUGUAUGGUGGACCUGAACGGCGCGUGCCCCGCCGACCUGCGCGUGGCGUCGACGACGACGACCGGCGGCGUGGCGUGCAAGAGCGCGUGCGAGGCGUUCGGGUCGGCGCAGUACUGCUGCAACGGCGAGUACGGGAACCCCAGCACGUGCAAGCCGUCGGCCUACUCGCAGUUCUUCAAGAACGCGUGCCCCCGCGCGUACAGCUACGCGUACGACGACGCCACCUCCACCUUCACCUGCGCCGGCGGCGACACCACGUACGCCAUCACCUUCUGCCCCAGCACAACCAGCGUGAAGGCGGCCGGCGGGGCGCAAGGAGGAGGCCUGCCGCUGAUGAACGCCACCAUGAUAUACCUCGGCGGCGACCAGGUGGUCGUCGGAUCCGCCACAGCCGCGGCGCGGGUGCCGCCGUCCGUCCUCCAUGAGGUCCUCAUCGCCGUCGUGUCCCUCGCGCUGGCAGGUGCUCUGUACUGAUCAUCACAUGCCCCCACUGCAAUACGACGCGACGACGCCGGCCGGACGCGAGACAAUCGUGCUCCUGCACACUGAAAAUUGCAGGACAGAAACGAGAAAUGGACGCACCACCUGCUGCCUGCCGGCCGGUGGUGGUGCUCACACGGUCCGGACCAUAUUGCGAGCCCCAGCAACGACAGUGUGAUUCACCCGUGCCGAAAGAGACAGCUGCGAUGCAAAAUUGAUUCAAGACAUUAUUGUGGAUUUUUUUCUUACAUAUAUAUUUAGUACACGAUUAUACGCAUAAUAUGGUAGCAGUUGAUAGCUUCUUCCUUUUUCUCUCACUUUUUCUGUAAGUUAGUGGAUAUAAUACGAAUAUUUAAUUUAGUGCACGGCUAUAGAAGGGUCCCAGGUCGCAGUCGAGAUGGGAUUGUUGGAAUUUUGUGGACGUGUACACGAUAGGCACGAAAUUUUUGGCCGAUGUAACUGGAAUUCUGGAUAUAGUAUAUGUUUGGUCCAGGAUAAUCAUCUGUUCUCAACUCCCUAAGACAGACCAGCAAAAUGCAGCAAGCAAAUGUAAUUAAUGGUUGAGUAUA